CAUCCACUUACCAAAAUCAUACCUUCUACAAUACACCCAUAACCCAAUAUGUCUAGCUGGUAUUCGCAAUACAAAUCAUCCAUCACCGUCAUCCUCUUAGUCCUCGUCCCCAUCAUCGUCAUCUGCAGCAUCCUCGCCAUCGCCCUCCUCUGCUCGGAAUUCUGGAGCACCCGAAAAUCAGUCACCUGGGUGUUCUGGGUCAAGCCGCAGGAUCGUCAGAAAGGGAAACGAAACUCCCAGCCGGAUCUCGAACGGGGUCGGAAUCCUCCUGCUUAUCAGGAACCGCUGCGCAGACGGGAAGAGAAUUGAAUUGGGUUUUGUCUGCAGAUCAAGUUUUAAGGUUGAAGGCGGUUGGUUGGGGUGGUGGUUCUGGAUAUCGAGGCUGCCGUGGUGUUGGAGUGGCAUGAAGAUCGCCGAUCUGGUUUUGGAUCUCGUGGAAUAGACUUCGAGGGUUAUCAGAGUAGACUUUCGGAGCACCGAGUCGGGGAUAUUAUGGACGUGAGACGACUACUGAGUCUUGGACGGCCUGCUUACGUGGGGCGCUGCUCGA